AUGUACGCCAAGUUCAGCAUCACCGUCACGGCUCUCGCCGCCACCGUCUCCGCGGCGCCCUCCACCCUCGUCGCCCGCUUCGGCGACUCCUACACCUUCUACAAAGGCGACGGCUCUACCGCGCAGGGCUGGCCGGCGCAGACGGCCUGGGGCACGUUUGACCAGCUCUGGAGCGCCAACGUGCCGCUGAUGCAAAAGUCGUGCGGGUGGAACGGCUGGGGCGCCGACAACUCGGCGGCCGAGAUCAGCAACAUCAAAAGCAGCAUCGCGCAGGUGGCCGGCGAGUCGGGCGUCGACCAGCGCUUCAUCCUCGCCGUCGUCAUGCAGGAGAGCAAGGGCUGCGUGCGCGCGCCGACGACGGACAAUGGCGUCCGCAACCCGGGCCUCAUGCAGUCGCACAACGGCGCCGGCACCUGUGUCGGCAAGAACCCAUGCCCGGCUGCCGACAUCACGCAGAUGAUCCGCGACGGCACCAGCGGCACCGCGGCCGGCGACGGGCUCAAGCAGGUCCUGGCCAAGGCGCAGAGCGCUACGGGCGACGGCGGCGUUCGCAAGUAUUACGCGGCGGCUCGUCUUUACAACAGCGGCUCGGCCACCUAUGGCAACCUCAACGACGGCCGGGGCAGCACGAAUUGCUAUUCCACCGAUGUUGCCAACCGCCUCACUGGCUGGACUCUGGCCCCGUCCAAGUGCAAUGCCUAG